AUGUCUUCGGAUGCACAGAAUGAAAAUAAAGAUAAACUCGAACCUGUACUCAAUCCAAUAUUUCCCAAAGCUACCGAAAUACUUUUCUACACUGGUAACACGUUGACAUUAUUCAAAAUAAUGAAGAAAACUAAUACAAGUGUCACUGAAGAGAUUACGGAAUAUAUGUCAACAAUGUUACAAACAAUGAGAACAGAAGGAAAUGAAAAACAUUUUCAAAAUCAAACGUAUGUGAAGUUUCUUCCAACAUCGGAUGAAGCAACAGUCGCCAGUAAUCAGAAUGGCUCGAGUCCUGACAAUGAACAGUUGACACGCGAAGACUUAAAGUUUUCCGUGAAGAUUUUUCUUCGUUCAUUGGAACCUGAGGUCUUAUCACAUACGAUCGAUACAGUUUUACAAGAAUUAAAAGAGAAUUAUUUAGAAAGCGUGAUGAUUUCUCUUCCGAAUUACGGUGCACAGAUUACAUUGAAUGAAUUUCUUCCUCUGUGGCGUAUUGUCGAGGAUUAUAUUGACAAACAGAAGAUUCUCUCAGCUGGUGUUUGUGAUUUCAUGCUUCCAUUAUUUUCAGAUUUAUGUGAUGCUUGUAAACAUAAACCAUAUGCCAAUCAAAUCAACCUAGGAGUAUGUUGUUCGAUUCCAGAGGAACUAAAUAAAUAUGUUAAAGAGCACAACAUUCAACUUUUAACACACAGUGAUCCAAUUGAUGUUAUUUCGGACUCUGAUUUUCAACAAGUUCUUCGAGAAUAUUGCCAUGAGUAUGAUGCAAUGAAUUGGAAGCCAUUGUCAAUCGUUCGCUAUAACUCCGUCAUUGCCAAUCGAGGAAUUAUCAAAACCAAAGGAUUUUUUGUCUAUGCUAAACGCGAACUACGCAUGAAUUGA